AUCAUUGUAAAAGAGAAACCAAACCAGAGCAAAACUUUCUUUUUGACAAAACCUAACUCUCCCUCCCGAGCCGUUCAUUACAGCUUGGAUUAAAAGCAAGGAAGCGACUCAAACUUUCUGAGGUCAUUUUCCUUUUUGGAGCCAUGUCAGAGUGUUUCCACAUUUUUUACAUCUGAUUCAGAAAGGUUUGAUGAGCUCAUUUCUUUCAAGCUGCCAUGCUUUCCAUCCCAGACCUGAUCAAGAAGAAAAGAGAUGGAGAAAAGCUGAGUGAUGAAGAGAUUAAACUCUUCAUUGAGGCCGUUACAGCUAACACAGCUCAGCCAUGUCAGAUAGGGGCAAUGCUGAUGGCCAUCUACCUGAGAGGGAUGGAAUCUGCAGAGAUUCAGACCCUGACCAGAGAGAUGAUGUUAUCGGGGGAUGUGAUGUCAUGGCCGAACGAGUGGAAGAAGUUGGUGGUUGACAAGCACUCGACGGGAGGGGUGGGAGAUAAAGUUAGCCUGGUGUUAGCUCCGGCGCUAGCCGCCUGCAGGUGUAAGGUGCCGAUGAUCAGUGGGCGAGGCCUGGCCCAUACUGGAGGAACUCUGGAUAAACUGGAAUCGAUUCCAGGAUUCAACAUCCAGCAAACCUCAGAACAGAUUGUGGGCAUCCUGGACUCGGUGGGCUGCUGCAUCGUGGGUCAGACUGAGAGGCUAGUUCCUGCCGAUCGGGUCAUGUACGCUAUGCGGGACGCCACCAGCACCGUGGACAGCCUUCCGCUCAUUACUGGGUCCAUCAUCUCAAAGAAAGGUGCAGAGUCUCUGUCUGCUCUGGUUCUGGAUGUGAAGUUUGGACGAGCAGCUCUGUAUAAGGACCUGCAGAGCGCCAGAGAGCUAGCUCAGCUGUUGGUGGAUGCAGGAAACGGCCUGGGCAUCCGUACGGGAGCAGCCCUCAGCCAGAUGGAGUGUACGAUUGGUCGAUGUGUGGGUAACAGCCUGGAGGUGAUUGAGUCUCUGGAGACGCUGAAAGGGAACGGACCAGACGACCUGAUGGAGCUGGUCGAAACACUCGGAGGGAUGUUGCUGAUGAUGACUGGCUUGGUGUCUGACCUAUCAGAGGGCAAAAAGCAAAUAUCUGAUGUUGUGAUUGGUGGAGCUGCUUUGUCCAAAUUCCAGGCCAUGAUGCAGGCUCAGGGCGUGGCCAGUGAGACGGCUGCGUCGCUAUGCUCCGCCCACACUGAUUACUACAGCAUCCUGAGAAAAUCCGAGCAUCAAAUGGAGUUAAAAGCAUCUGCAGAUGGUGUCGUCCAGGACAUCGAUGGUUUGAUUCUAGCUCAGGUUAUUCACAAAUUGGGGGCGGGUCGAUCGAAGGCCGGGAUGCCCGUCAAUCAUAGUGUGGGGGCAGAGCUGCUGGUGUCACUGGGUCAGAGGGUCAAGAAAGGCGCUUCCUGGCUGCGGCUCCACUACGAGGAUCCGGCUCCGAGUCAGGACCAGAUCGUGCAGCUGCAGAAGGCUCUGACUGUGGACCACAGUGAAACAACUCAGCAGAGACAGAGUUUGGUGGCAGAAGUGCUGCUGCCUCAGUGAGAGGCGUUUAAUGAGCUGGAAACCCAGCACCGCUCUGUUUUUGAAUUAUGGAUCAAACUCUGAACGCACUUUUAUGUUGCUCUGAUUCCUACUAACAUGUAUCAAAAGAUUGAACAUUACCAGCCAUAAUGAUACUGAACUGAACUGGACUAUAUUGUUAAAUGUGCCUUGAGACUGGUGCUACACAAAUAAAACAGAAUUGAAAAAGGGUUUAAGAUAUUUUCUGAGACAGAAGGCCGGUAGGAGCAUCUGGGAAAACCUUUAGGGAGGAAGCAGUUUGAUUGUGUCCGAGUCCUCCAGAAGAUGGUCUGAACCCAGAGUCCUGACUGAAGCACUUUACCGACAUCCUGAACCAACUGCCUU